AUGGACCCGGUUGGAUGGGCACUAUCCUCGAUCGCCAUCCUUUUGGCGCUGAUCUAUAGGUUCCUCACCUGGAACUUUGAUCACUGGAGGAAGAAAGGAAUCAGGACGGCGCCCACUUGGCCAUUGGUUGGCAGCUUUCCCAGCAUCUUCACUCGCAGGCGGAACAUAGCCUACGACUAUGAUGAUAUCUACGAGCAGUUCAAGGAUACGGACAAAAUAGUGGGUGUGUUCAACACCCGAGUGCCACAGCUACUGGUUACGUGUCCGGAGUAUAUAUAUAAGAUUUAUGCCACUGAUUUUCGGAGCUUUCAUAACAAUGAAUGGGAGAAAUUCUUGGACAAAAAGACGGACAAGAUCCUGGGAAAUAACCCGUUUCUGCUGACGGGAGAUGAAUGGAAAGAGAAGAGGUCGGAAAUUACGCCAGGAUUGUCGCCGAAUAGAGUCAAGGCCGUCUAUCCCAUCUCCCAAAGUGUCUGUAAAAAGUUCGUGGACUUUAUUCGGCGUCAGCAAAAUAUAGCCACCUCACAGGGACUGGAUGCCAUGGAGCUUUCUCUUUGCUACACCACUGAAGUGGUGUCCGACUGCGUCCUGGGAAUCUCCGCUCAGAGUUUCGGGGACACGCGGACGCCCAUGGUCAGAAUGACCCAGCGGGUUUUCAACUCCUCGUUUGGGUUCAUCUUCUUCAAUAUGUUGGCCAAUCUCUGGCCAACAAUACGCAAGUUCUACAGCGUGGCCUUUUUCAACAAGGAGGCGGUGGAGUUCUUCUCGGAUAUAAUCAGGCGCUGCAUCACCUUGAGGCAGACCUCGCCCACACAACAUCGCGACGACUUCCUCAACUACAUGCUGCAGUUGCAGGAGAAGAAGGGCCUGGACACUGAGGAGUUAACCACGCACACGAUGACCUUGCUCACGGACGGCUUUGAGACGACGGCCAUGGUAUUGGCUCACACCCUGUUGAUGCUGGCACGCCAUCCAGAGAAGCAGCAAAAGGUCUUGCAGGAAAUAGGAAAUGCAGAUUUUACCUUUGAUCAGCUGACCGAUCUGCCCUAUCUGGAAGCCUGCCUCCACGAAACAUUGCGCUUGUUUUCGCCGCAAGUUGCUGCUCGCAAAAAGGUCACCGAAUCCUACGACUUUGUCAACAAGAAUGGAGUCACGUUGCGGGCAAAUCCUGGCGAUGUGGUCACCAUACCAGUGAAAGCUAUACACCACGAUCCUCAGUAUUAUGAGAAUCCGGAUUCCUUCAAGCCUGAGCGCUUCCUGGAGGCAAAUGGUGGGGUCAAGGAGUACCGUGAAAGAGGUGUCUACCUGGCUUUUGGCAAUGGACCUCGCAUCUGUCCAGGCAUGCGCUUUGCUCUUACUCAGAUCAAGACAGCACUUGUGGAGAUCGUUCGCCACUUUGAGAUCAAGGUUAAUCCCAAGACCCGCUCGGACGAUCAGAUAGAUAACACCUUCUUUAUGGCUACCCUGAAGGGAGGGAUUUGGUUGGAUUUUAAGGAACGGAGAGGUUGA